AUGGACUGGGACAAUCUGGAGCGGCAGGUGAGAGCUUUGCUUCCUGAGCAACCGCUGAAGGAGAACCGAUGCUGGAUCGGCAUACUCAGUCACAAAUGGUCCGUUCCAGACAAGCUCAGAGAAUCCGACAUCGGUUGGUUCGUUGGUAAUCGGACGAGCACAAGUCAGAAAAUAUUGGAAAGGUAUCGAAAGCUUCAUGGCCUUCAGGACAUCCAGCUCUCCUUCAAGAAUGCACUUGUCGGCAAUGAUGAUCUUCUUGAGCAUUUCCUCAAGCCAAAUGACGAUCUCAUAGUGUUCAUGGCUAUAAAUCCUGUGCAGGCCAGCGCACGGGUUGCGACAUCUCCACUACCUGUUAGGGCACGCAGCAAAAUCCAUCCUGCUAUGCCUUGCGUCUCCACUUCGUCCCCAGACAAGAGCAACCAAGAAGUCCUUGAUAUCCUUCAUCGAAACAUUCGGCACAUCAUCAAACUACAAAAUCCCGAUGUUCUUGAGGCUGGUGUAGCCCAAGCAGUACAAAUUCUGAACAGCAUCAAACGAUGCAUUUCCGAUCAAGAAGUUACAAACGGAGAAGCAGCAGCUUGUUUGGAGAAUAUUGAACAAAUCAUUCCACAAGCUGAGCGAAAACGCAUCGUCAUUGGUGUAAUAGGUAACACCGGUGCUGGCAAGAGCAGUGUUAUCAAUGCACUGCUUGAAGAAGAGCGUAUCGUCCCAACAAACUGUAUGAGAGCAUGUACAGCGGUGGUCACCGAAAUUUCAUGGAAUGAUUGCACGGAUGCAUCAUCUAAGUAUCGCGCGGAAAUCGAGUUCAUCAGCGCUACUGAUUGGGAGCGAGAGCUUACUACCCUCAUGCAAGAAUUCUUGUGUGAGAACGGCACCCUCUCACGAGACGCUCAGGAUCCAAACUCCGAUGCCGGAGUUGCAUGGGCAAAGUUUCAUGCGGUGUAUCCACAUGUAGCAAAGAAUGCGUUGCAUCAAUGGGACAUACCUACUCUCAUGUCCAUAAGGCCUGUAGCCAAUGUUCUCGGGACUACAAAGACAAUCUGCACAGCUCGAUCAGGAAAGCUCUAUGAGAAACUUGAAGAGUAUGUCGACAGUAAAGAAAAGGUACCCUUGAAGGGCAAGGGAGGAGGCAAAAAAGGGUCACAUCAGAUGGAGUUCUGGCCCUUGGUCAAAGAUGUCAAGAUCUACACGAGGAGCUCAGCACUCUCAACUGGAGCUGUGAUUGUAGAUCUUCCGGGUAUUCAGGAUAGCAAUGCCGCCAGAGCUGCCGUUGCAGAGAGCUACAUUAAGCAAUGCACGGGCUUGUGGAUUGUCGCUCCGAUCAAUCGCGCUGUAGACGACAAAAACGCCAAAACUCUUCUUGGUGACUCAUUUAAGCGCCAACUGAAGUAUGACGGUGGUAUUGCGAAUGUCACGUUCAUUUGCUCGAAAACAGAUGACAUUUCUGUCACAGAAGCGAUCCACAGUCUUGGAUUGGAGGAAGAGGCCGCAAAUUUUGAACAGCAAUACGAUGCUUGCAAUCAGAAACUCAAAGAAGUUAAAGACAAGAUUCUGGACUUGAGAGAGUCACGGAAGGUUUACAAACUCGCCUACACGAAUGCAAGUCAAGACAUCGACACUUGGGAAGAACUUCAGGAGCAGUUCGACAAAGGAAGGCAGCCAUAUGCACCUCUCAUUAAGACCAAAAAGCGCAAGGUCGACCUGAAGCAGCAACCACGGAAGAGCCUCCGCAUCAUUGAAGACGAUUCUGACGACGACCUUUUCGACUGCAAAACUGAGAGAUCAGAAAGUGAAAGUGAAUUCCAAUCCAAGGCCGAGCGAGUCAGAUUGUCUGACUCGGAUAUCAAAGCUCGGCUCAAAGAGCUGAAAACGGUCAAAAAGAAUGCCAGGGAUGAAGUAAUCAGGUCUGAAGAGGCUAUUUUCGAGUUGAAUAACCAGUUUGACAAAUUGAAGGCUGAAGGAGACAUGAUGAGGGUGAAAGUGUGCCGUAUGUGCAUUGCAGAACGCAAUGUCUAUUCCAAGACUGCCAUUCAGCAACAUUUCGCCGCCGGCAUCAAAGAGAUGGAUCAGCAGGACGCUGAACAGGAUGAGGACAAUUUCGACCCCGAAAAAGAGAUUCGAGAUUACGACCAGGUUGCUCAGUCCUUGCCUGUCUUCUGUGUCAGUAGCAGAGCGUACCAAAAGAUUUGUGGACAUAUGAGAAAAGACGAUCGCGUAUCCGGCUUCACGAACGCAGACGAUACGGGAAUCCCACAGCUUCAGGCCCAUUGCAGAAAGAUCACAGAACCGGGGCGCAUACAGACGAGUCGCAACUUUCUUCACGCUUUCUGUCAAUUGUUGAACUCGUUCAAGUUGCUAACAUCAGACAAUAAAACUGGAGUGAAGGCGACCAGCCUUAGCAAAGAACAACGAUCCAAACUUCUAGAACUAAUGCUGGAGGGUCUGACAGCUGAUACGAUAGAGGCAGUCCAUGCCUGCAUCAAGGAAAUUCGGUCAGAGCUGAAGCUUCAUAUUUUCGACAAAUGUCCAAAACUCAUUGCUGAUGCUAUCGAAGCGGCACCCGGUACAGCUUGCGCUUGGGGCCAGAAGGGUCCAGGUGGCCUUGUAUGGUCCUCAUACAAAGCCGUGAUUUCUCGUUAUGGUGUUUUCGAAUCCUCUGCCGCAGGAAAGCGAGACUUCAACUCGGAUCUCGUUGGUCCCAUCAUGAAGCGGCUUCCCACAGCCUGGGAGCGCACCUUCCAGAUAAGUAUCCCAAAGGCAUUCGCCGGGUACAUUCAGUCUUACAGUAAACUUCUUUGGGGACUCUAUGAAGACACCACACAGUGUGUCGAUGAUAUUGGCAUUGUACCAGCGAAUCUGUUCCUUUUGAAGAAACAAGUCGGCACCAACGAACAACUCUUACAAGGCUUUCACGCUUCUCUUAUCAGUCAGAUGAACGAGUUUCAGCGCGAUGCUAGUCGCACACUCACACCUAGUAUUGCGGAAGCCAUGCAUUCUGUGUACGUCGAAUGCGCUGCUGAACGUGGUCAGGGAGCGUUUAAGCGAAUGAAGGGUCGUAUGGAGGCGGGAGUUGACAAGCUACGGCACACCAUGUUUCACGGCGCGAUGCAGAAACUCGAAAACGACCUUGAUUACAUGUGCAAAAAACUACAGAAGUCGAUGAACGCCAAAUCCAAAGACAUCUCUGCAAGGUUGAAGGCCGAUUACAUGCAUGCGCUUGGUGGGAAAGACGAUGAACAGCCCACGGCCUCACAGCCCAAGAAAGAAGCCAAUUUCAGAAUGGUGAUGCGUGACAUCCUGGAAGGGGUAGAUGCGCAGUUUGAGUCCAUCGCCAAUGGAGACAUCAGCUUGUUCAAGGCAGCCGCACAGGCUGAUAUACACGACGAAGAGCUAGGUCACGAAGAUGAGGAAAAGCAUAGCAGCGCUUACGACUCGGCGCAAGGAUCUGUCGACGAAGAGGCUAAUGACAACAGCGAUAAAGAUGAUACUGGAUCCACUUCACGCAACCAGGCGUACGUCGAGGAGGGUACAGACAAUGACGAGUAG